GGUAUUGCGUCAACACAACAGGGACUGUGAUCCAUUGGCCUUCAUGACCGUUUAUCUCUGUAGUAGAACAUCCAAUGUGUGUCACUCGUAGGGUGUUUUAAGACACUAGUAAUUCGUGGACUGUCUAAAACUAGCCUGGUUCAGAUCACAGCUGGCUGGUGGAGGGGAGGACACUAAUACUGUAGCUCUCGAGUGUUUUACGUCUCACCCUCAGUGUCCACGUGAAUGCAGUAUGGCAGCUGGUCCAGUUCUUGAUUCGCUUUAUACAAGUAGAUCCCUGGUAACUGUCGGUGAAGGCUCUUUGACAGCCACUGGAAGUUCUAAAUGAACAAGUGUCAGGUAACCAUUUCAAUUGUGGUAUAUUUAAACCAACAUAUAGACCUUUAAACUGCAACAUCACUUCUCAGUAGUGCUGUGUGCUGAUCAACUGAGUGCAGUGAAAACUUUGAUUGCCAUGGAAAGUGAAGGGAUCCAGAUGUUUCCCUUACACAAUGCAGUUGCAUCACGAAAUUUCAAGGAGGUUCAGAACUUAGUAGCUGAAGGACAUGACAUAAAUGAGCAACAUUUUGAUCGUGUCACACCACUUCACAUGGCCUGUCUUACAGGGGAUGUCGAGAUUACAGAUUUCCUCCUGCAGAAGGGAGCAUGGCUUGCAAUUAAUGCUCAGAGUAUUGAUAACAGCACUCCGCUGUGUGAUGCAUGUGCUAGUGGUAGUGUAGAGUGUGUCAAUAUGCUACUGAGGCGCGGUGCUAUUGUCAAUCCACCUCUUCUCCUGUCAACACCCCUACAUGAAGCAGCUCUAAGAGGUCACACUGACAUUGUUUCUGUCCUCAUUAUUGCUGGUGCAAAACUGAAUGUGAAUGACCUUCAUUAUGGAACGCCACUACAUGCUACUUGUUCCAUGCAGUCUCCUUCCAUAGCCUGCAUCAGAUACCUCCUUAAAUCUGGUGCCAGUGUCAAUGCCAUAAAAAAUCACACAACUCCACUCCAUAUCAUAUGCAUGUACAGCAAGAGUGAAGAAGCUGCUCAGUUAUUGUUAGCUUAUGGUGCUAACGUCUACUUGAAGGACAACUUGGGGCGGACUGCACGAGACUUAGCAUGGCGUUCUUCAGCGUUGGUAAAUCUUCUGGCUGCCCACGAAAGAGAUCCACGUCCUUUAACCCAAUGUUGUCGUCUUGCCAUCCGUUCCUAUCUUGGUCCAAGUAGACUUCAAUUGAUCAAUAAAUUAGAAGCACCUCGAAUUCUGAUUGGAUUCUUGCAGUAACUCUUGCAACUAUGGUUUCAGUAAAAAAAGUAAAAAACAAAAUAAAAGAAAGAUAAAAAGGUUGAUAUGUUAGUUGUGUGUCAAAUGGAAUUCGAGGUGAAAUUUUACCAAUUGGAACUUCUCAUGGCACAUUUGAAUUUCAAAAUAACCCAUCCUCUAUCAAGGAAGGUUUGAACAAAAGAACAGGCAUCAUAAGCAGAGGAGUGAAAUCCUGUCCAGUGAAACAAGUGAAUCUACAUUGUACCUCAUUCACAAUAUGUAUUUAUAAUUA